GAUGAAAAACCAGAGCUGAGGAUCAUCCUGCUUGGGAUGGUCGGAGUUGGGAAGUGGGAGUUUUUCAGGAAACAAAAUCCUGGACAAGGACCUAUUCCACUCAAAGCCUGGUCUAUCUGCUGUCACAGAGAAGUGCCAGAAGGAAAUGGGGAAUAUUAACAACCAAAAUGUGGUUGUUGUUGAUACUCCUGGUCUGUUAAGCAUUGACAAAACAGAAGCGGAGAUUGUGAGAGAGAUCAAGACAUCCAUCAAACUUGCAAAACCUGGUCCUCAUGUGUUCCUGAUUGUGCUGAGUGUGAGAGAUAAAUACACAAAGAAAGAAGAAGACAUGGUGAAAAGCAUUUGCGAUACUUUUGGCAAAAACACAAUGGAUUACACUAUGGUGUAGUUCACCCAUGGAGAAGUUCUACAAGGUACCAAGAUAGAGGACUUUUAUCCUCAAGAUCCAAAUCUUCACGAGCUAAUAAAAAAGUGCUAUUAUGGAUACCAUCUUCUUGACAAUCGUCCCGAACAGGUCCCUGAGCUACUGAAGAAGAUCAACGAUAAGGUUCAGACAGCAGAAGGAAGAUACUACACUGCUGAGAUGCUCCAAGAGGCUGAAACUGCCUAAGAACAACAGGUACAAAAUGGCCCAGAAGGAGGAACCCAACCCAAGCAAGCUGCUAUUCAAACUACAGUUUUUUUCUGGUAUGGGUGUUGGAUGUCUGUUUGGGUAUCUUGCUGGUGAGGGUCAGAUAACGUCUACCAUAGGAGCAAUACUAGGAGCCGUAGGGGGUGGACUCCUGUGCGCUGCAGUGGCAGCAGAGCUGAGGAUCGUCCUGCUCGGGAUGGUUGGAGUUGGGAAGAGUUCUUCAGGAAACACCAUCCUGGGUCAGGAGAACCUAUUUGACUCAAAGCCCGGUCUAUCUGCUGUCACAGAGAAGUGCCAGAAGAAAAUGGGGAAUAUUAACAACCAAAAUGUGGUUGUUGUUGAUACUCCUGGUCUGUUAAACAUUGACAAAACAGAAGAGGAGAUUAUGAGAGAGAUCAAGACAUCCAUCAAACUUGCUGAACCUGGUCCUCACGUGUUCCUGAUUGUGCUGAGUGUGAGAGAUAAAUACACAAAGAAAGAAGAAGACAUGGUGAGAAGUAUUCGCGAUACUUUUGGCAAAAACACAAUGGAUUACACUAUGGUGUUGUUCACCCAUGGAGAAGAAGGUACCAUAAAGGACUUUUUUCGUGGCAAUGAAAAUCUCCACUCACUAAUCAAAAAGUGCAAGUAUGGAUACCAUCUUCUUGACAAGCCCGAACAGGUCCCUGAGCUACUGAAGAAGAUCAAUGAUAAAGUUCAGGCAGCAGAAGGAAGAUACUACACCGCUGAGAUGCUCCAAGAGGCUGAAACUGCCUUACAACAACAGGUACAAAAUGGCCCAGAAGGAGGAACACAACCCAAUCAAGCUGCUAUUCAAACUACAGUUUUUUCUGGUAUGGGUGUUGGAUGUCUGUUUGGGUAUCUUGCUGGUGAGGGUCAGAUAACGUCUACCAUAGGAGCAGCACUAGGAGCCGUAGGGGGUGGACUACUGUGCGCUGCAGUGGCAUGUGUAGUGAUACUCGCCAAAAAAAAGUGCAAGUGCAGCAACACAUGUUGUUGUCUUGUUUAAGCUGAUCAGACCAAUUCUUAUAAAUGAAAAUACUGUAAAGGGGGAAAUGAUGGUGUGGUUUGUAUAUUUAGUUAGUUCUGUUUUGUUUUAAUGCCUUUUAAUUCAAAGUAGCCUAUGUUUAAUAAACAAGGGCCAUUCUCACAGUAGGUGAGUUAGCUACGUUUGCUGGUGAUUGGUUGUGGGCUGACCUAAACCUUUUAUGUUUCUAGAAUAAUAAAUGAUAUCAACCAGUUUAGAUGAAUGUAGAAUAUGCACAGUGUUUGGGCUCUGACCUCGUCAUCCCCAAGAAGGAAGUGAAUAAUAACUUCCACGCUGACAGUCGUCUUUCAGAUACUAUACUCAACACUUUUCUAAUACAACAGCCUUCAUAAAGAGUUUAUCAGUUGUAACUAACAGCUUUAAUAGUUAAUGUGUUGUAGAUCCGUUGUGUGUCACUAAUAGGGACAACAGUAGGGUUGCCAGGUUGUGAGAAAACCUGCUCUAGUGUUUAUCCUUUCUAUGUUGUAAUAAUUAUGUUAUACAUUUUGGUCAAUUCACUCAUAAAUACUCAUUGGUUUCUCACUUUUGAAUGAGCUGUUAAUUCUGUGGUUAUACAUUUUAUUAAAUGGAUUUUAAACCAAACAUUUGUUUCAUCAUUUCUAGAAAACAUCAGGGAUUGAUUUAAAAUGAGUCAUGUAAAAAUAGUAAAAAAAAGCACGUACCUAUGUCAUGGACUAAGGUCCAUGAAAGUGAUUGUUGACUUUUGGUUUCCAAACGAGAUAUGAAUUCUGGCCUCCAGAAUGAAAGUCCUGUGUUUGUUUGAGCAUUUGCUCACACAAUAACUACCACGAGAGGUUGGCACCUAACAACAAAUGUAAAUAUGGGGCUUUAUAAGUAGCUUGCACAAUCAACCUACACAGUCGUAAUCUGGGUGAGGACAGUCUGGUGAUCAGAAUGUGGUACCCUAAAUACUGUGCAAAAUAUUGGAGGAAAUUACAAAGGAAAAUGUGACUCUUUGGCUUUGUUUUAUUUGUAUUAUUAUAUAUUCAGCUGUUAAACAUAUGUAAUUGCUUUGUUGAAUGUAACUGGUAUGUGGUAAAAGUGUGCAGCUGGUUUAUGUUAAAAGAGAUGCUCUUUUAUUACUCAAAUAUUAAAUAUUAAAAAGACUCAGAUCCAAAUCUGGGACAAAAAACAUAACUGACAUCCCUACUUCAAAGUUAAAGUUAUUUGUGCAGCUUUAAACAAACAUUUGACUGUUCAACAAAAAAUGUCAAUAACAAUAAUAAUAGGUUGUGGCCCCUGAGCCCUUUGGCCCACGUCUUUCGGGUAAUCCAUCCAUGUUGCUAUACACCAUCAUUUUAGUGGAACCUGUUUCAUUUACAACAAUCAACAAUCAUUCAAUUAAUUCUCACAAUUUGUGUUAUUAUGGUCAUGGCUAACCCAGAACCUCAGUGGCCCCUAUGGCUCCAGGUUGUCUUUGUGUCUUUUAUUUUGUGGUAAUUUGAUUGAUCAUAAAUGCGUUUGCUGAUAUACACCAACGCACAAAUACAAACUGGAAUACUCUGGGCCUGAUGUGUUCCCUGCAUUUUGCACAAUAAUCAUAUUGUGUUAGCUGAUCAGCAUGUCAUAAUCCAGAUGACAGAGAUCUAAUAAGUAAGUAAAGUUUGUUUAUAUAGCACUUUUCACAGAUAAAAUCACAAAGUGCUAAAUUGGAAUACGAUAAAUAGAAGACAUAAGAAUACAAAGGAAAACAUAGGUACAUAAAAUCAGCAACUUAAAGAGAGCGGCAGUGCGUUCCACAUCCUGGGUGCCACUGAUUAAAAAGAUCCCCUCUGGUUUUAAAUUGAGUGCUGGGGACCACUAACAACAUCUGACCUGAUGACCUCAGACUCGGGGAAUAAUACACUUUUAAAUAUAAUUAUAUUGUUUUUUAUAUAUUUAAGAUUAUUGAUUACAGAGAAAGUUAAAGGGCUGUCAUACUCAAGUACAGCCACAAAGCAUCUCUUUCUACAUCUAAACAAGCUGCAAACUUGUAUUCAAUGUGCAUGUAAACCAAGAACAGUGUGUGUAAAACUCUGAACUAUAUAUUUUAAAUGUGUGAUAUACAGACGGUCCACUGAAAACCUCCAAUGGACAUUGAAACGACGACGGAGCCUUGAUGGAGUCGUGGUGCAGCCUGAUCCUGUAGACAUAAUGUGUUACUGUUCUGAUUUCAUAUGAUAAUGACAUAAAAUAUGAUCUUGUUGUUUUUCAUUGUGUCUGAUUUUCAAAAUACUUAAUAAUUAAACCAAAA